AAAGUAUCGAAAAUUUAUUUUGUAUCCGGACGUGGUUUGGCUCCCAGCAGUUAGAUCUCUCAAACCGUUUCGAACAUCAUGUUGGCCAGGUCCAUUUUAUCUGUGGCGGUGUGCGGCUUGCUGCUGUCGCCCCUCCUGCCCAAUGCCCAAGCGGCCCAGGAGGACGACUCCAACGCCGGCAAACAGGCUGACAAGCAGUUCGCCGUGGAACUGGACCCGGAAACCUUCGAUACGGCGAUUGCCGGCGGCAAUGUCUUCGUCAAGUUCUUUGCGCCCUGGUGUGGCCACUGCAAGCGCCUUCAGCCGUUGUGGGAGCAACUGGCGGAGAUUAUGAACGUGGAUGAGCCCAAGGUGAUCAUCGCCAAGGUGGAUUGCACCAAGCACCAAGGUUUGUGCGCCACCCACCAGGUCACCGGCUAUCCCACCCUGCGCCUCUUCAAGCUGGGCGAGGAGGAAUCUGUGAAGUUCAAGGGCACUCGGGAUCUGCCCGCCAUCACCGAUUUUAUCAACCAGGAACUAAGCACGCCCGCCGAGGCAGAUCUGGGUGAGGCCAAACGCGAGGAGGUCGAGAACCCCAAUCUGGGCAAGGUGGUGGACCUCACUGAGGACACCUUUGCCAAGCACGUGUCAAGCGGCAAUCACUUUGUCAAGUUCUUUGCACCAUGGUGCAGUCAUUGUCAGCGUUUGGCACCUACUUGGGAGGAGCUGGCCAAGGAGCUGGUGAAAGAACCCGGUGUGACCAUCUCGAAGAUCGACUGCACCCAGUUCCGUUCUAUCUGCCAAGACUUCGAGGUCAAAGGCUAUCCCACUCUUCUUUGGAUCGAGGAUGGUAAGAAGAUUGAAAAGUACGCGGGAGCCCGUGACCUGUCUACGCUUAAGUCCUAUGUGGAGAAGAUGGUGGGAGUGCCGCUGGAAAAGACUGAAGACAAGGCCGUCGAGGAGGAGGCUACCAAGGAGGCUGCCGCCGAGGAGGAGGUCAAGAAGCUGACCCCUCAACAGCUGAGCGGCGAGGCGGAGUUCGACGAAGCCAUUGCCGAGGGCGUGGCCUUCAUCAAGUUCUAUGCCCCAUGGUGCGGACACUGCCAAAAGCUGCAGCCCACAUGGGAGCAACUUGCCACGGAGGCUCACCAGGCGCAGAGUGCUGUGAAGAUCGCCAAGGUGGACUGCACGGCGCCCGAGAACAAGCAAGUGUGCAUCGACCAGCAGGUUGAGGGCUAUCCAACUCUCUUCCUCUACAAGAACGGGCAGCGCCAGAACGAGUACGAGGGCAGCCGUUCGCUGCCAGAGCUGCAGGCCUACCUCAAGAAGUUCCUUGGCCACGACGAACUCUAAGUCCGCAGGACCCGGGGAUCAGCAGCAGUCAAAUGAACAAAAAAUCGCCCGCCAAACUAAUUAAUGUAAUCGUAAUAUUUUCUCUCCGAAACACCAGCAACAGAAGCCUCUGUGAGGAGCCCGCAUUUAAACAACAUAUGUAUCAAUAAUACCCAAAACAUAACGUGCUAGCUGGAAUCGAAGUCAUUCAUCUUGUGAUCUUAGUUCCCCCACUGUGUUCAUGUUUUCGUCCUUGUGAGCUGAGUUUGGAUCCCUUUUUUUAUGUUUUUACUAUUUACUUUAAUGGGACACAGGACUGUGUGCACGAAAAAAGACGUUUAGCGAUCUUUAUUUUCAAUUUUAUGUCAUUUUGUGGUCAGCAGGCUACUUUUAAGUCAUUUCUAGGAAAAUUUGUCAACACAAUACAAAUAAAUAUCAAUUGGAAAACAUA